UCACCUACAUAAAAUAUCGACUCAAGCCAAAAAAAAAAAACCCACCCACGAACGAUCAUCUCUCUGCAGUCGAAGCGCGAUCAUUACCUGAAAAUUAGCUCUCCGAACAUCUCUUUAAUUAAGAACUAAACUUGUUGAUUUAUAGAAGCUAAUUGAAGUCGCAAAUUAGUAUUCGGCGCCAACAAUGGAAAACUCUGCAGAGAAUCAUCAAGGAACGAGGGUGCCACCAGUUGAAGGUAUUGCUGGAGGAGGGACAGCGUACGGAUGGAGUGAUAGUAGUGUACAUGAUCCAAGUAAACUCAGGGGGUCUAUUGAUCCUAUGAAGGUUCCAUCUUCAGAAUUAAUUCAUGUAUGGUGCAUGCCAAGCACAGCUAACGUCGGACCUCAGGAUAUGCCACGAUCAUUCGAACCUAUAUCUCUUCUAGCAGCAAGAAAUGAGAGGGAGAGUAUUCAAAUUGCUUUACGUCCAAAAUUGUCUUGGAGUGGAUCUGGUAUUGCAGGGACUAUACAAAUUCAAUCUACAGAUCUAUGCUCUGCUUCAGGAGAAAGACUGAUAGCUGGCCAGUCACUGACACUACGGCGAGUAGUUUCCAUGUUAGGAGUUCCGGAUGCUCUUGUACCUCUUGAUAUGCCAACCUGUCAAGUAAAUUUGUUUCCAGGUGAAACAACAGCAAUUUGGGUUUCUGUAGAUGUUCCAAAUGCACAGCCCCCUGGUCAAUACGAUGGAGAACUCAUAAUUACUGCCAUUAGAGCUGAUGCAGAGUCUGCAGCAAAUUGCCUUGGUAAAGCCGAGAAGCAUCAAUUGUACAAGCAACUUAGAAACUGUUUUGAAAUUAUGGAGCCAAUUGAUGGAACACCAUUAGAUGAAGUGGUAGAAAGGGUCAAAUCAGCUAGCUCAUAUCUCAGAAUGGCUCUGGUGUCCCCAUCAUUUUCUGAUUGCUUUCCAGAUAACGGCCCAGUAGAUAUGAUGGAUGAAGAUGCUAUUUCAAACCUUUCUGUCAGACUGAAGAUAAGUUUGACGGUUUGGGACUUUGUUCUACCAGAAACCCCUUCCCUUCCUGCUGUUAUUGGUGUAUCUGAUACAGUAAUUGAAGAUCGUUUUGGUGUUGAACAUGGAAGCAGUGACUGGUACGAAGCACUGGAUCAGCAUUAUAAGUGGCUGCUUCAGUACAGAAUCAGUCCUUACUUUUGCAGAUGGGGUGAGAGCAUGAGAGUUUUGACAUAUACCUGCCCAUGGCCAGCUGAUCAUCCAAAAUCAGAUGAGUAUUUUUCUGAUCCUCGACUUGCAGCAUAUGCUGUACCAUAUAAUCCAGUUGUAUCCAGUGGUGAUACAACGGAGGAAUACUUGCAUAAAGAAGUUGAGAUAUUGAGCAAAAAGAAUCACUGGAGAAAGGCGUACUUUUACCUGUGGGAUGAGCCACUAAAUGUGGAACAUUAUGAUUCAGUUCGCACCAUGGCCAGUGAGAUUCAUGCCUAUGCACCUGAUGCUCGAAUCCUUACUUCAUACUAUUGCGGUCCAAGUGAUGCACCUCUUGCUUCUAAUAACUUUGAGGCUUUUCUUAAAGUUCCGGAGUUUCUGCGCCCACAUACUCAAAUAUAUUGUACAAGUGAAUGGGUGAUUGGUAACCGAGAGGAUUUGGCUAAGGAUAUCAUUGCUGAAAUACAACCUGAAAAUGGUGAGGAAUGGUGGACAUAUGUGUGUAUGGGACCGUCUGAUCCUCAUCCCAACUGGCACCUUGGGAUGCGAGGUACACAACAUCGUGCAGUGAUGUGGCGUGUAUGGAAAGAAGGGGGAACAGGUUUUCUGUAUUGGGGUGCCAACUGUUAUGAGAAGGCCACUGCUCCAAGUGCUGAGAUAAAGUUCAGGCGUGGCCUCCCUCCAGGGGAUGGGGUCUUGUUUUACCCAGGUCAAGUAUUCUCAUCUUCACAACAACCUGUUGCUUCACUAAGACUUGAGCGGCUUUUGAGUGGCUUGCAGGACAUUGAGUACCUCAGGCUCUAUGCUUCAAGAUUUGGUAGGGAUGAAGGACUUGCUCUGCUGGCAAAGACAGGCGUGUACUUGGGUCCAGAGCGAUACACUCUUGAACACACUCCAAUUGAUGUAAUGCGUGGUGAGGUGUAUAGGACUUGCCGAUCAUGAAGAGAACUUUGCUGUUUGUACCUUUCUUGGGCGAUGCUUAUUUAUUUUGACCAGUUUUGUGCGCAGACGGAUAUUGACAUGUGUCUUUUGUUAUUACGCAUACACUAGUUGCAGCACAUUUUGUUUUGAAUGAUAGAAUGAGCAGAAUUUGGCAAAGAACGGUCUGAAAUCUCUAGUUCCUUUUGUGUGAAUGGAAAUCAAAGUGUAGGGGAUGCUGACAUA